CAGUUACGUAAAUAUGAUCAUAACAAAUGCACGUAACAGUUUCUGUCUGGGAUAUACUAUGCCGGAUUUCUCAGAAUUGGAUUGUCCUCCUUCACUGCUACAUUCAAGCGGAUUCAUAUAAUGCGUAAUGACUUUAAGUGAACGUGUUAAUUCGUGGAGGUUUUGAACGAGAAUUCACCGGCUCUGUAAUUUAUCCAAACGACGAACAGAGAAUGUUUCAUCGAAUCAGUCGGGAUUGAACUGUCGUGUGGAUCGCUUGUCAAAAUUCAGUCGCCAGUCCCGUAUGUAGCACUGCACUGAGGGUUACUCUUUUGGAAAUCUUUAUGAUCUUGAUGAUCAACAUUCAUCAUUGUCUUCAAUAUUACUAAGGAAAUUAAAGUGUUCGUUUACUGUCAUUUUCCUGUUUCACAGGGAAACAAUAUACCUCUACAUUUGUUGUAUGUUAACAAGAUCGUAUUAUGGGGAAUAUAUCGCAAUGACAAUGUCGCUUAUUGAGCGAUAAUUUUUUUAAACACAAUUCACAAUGGAAUUGGAAGAUUUAGCAACAGAAGCAUUUAGGCGAUCAAAUUUUGAGCUUGCCAGUGACCUAGUUGACCGACUAUUGGAGGAACGUGGACAAAAUAUUGAAUUUCUGCUCAUGAAGGGCGAUUCGCUUGCCAAUAUGGGACGACUCAAUGAAGCCUUGAGCGUGUACUCGCAUGCUUUUCGUAUGGGAGACAUCAGCAGUGAUAAACUUCAUAACUUCGUAAACGCCUUGGUGAAAAACCUCAGCCAAAAUGCAGGGCGUUACAUCUCAAAAGAUCUUGGAAAGUUUUCAUGCUGUGUGUGUCGUGGACUCUUAUCCAAACCAACGACUCUUCUAUGUGGACACACAUUUUGUAAAAGUUGCGUUGAACAUCAAUCAAAACGUUCUUGUGUUAUAUGUAAGUUUCCGUACAGUUCUAGUGGCAGUAAAAGUAAAAAGAUGACUCUUGAUGUGACUCUUAGUGAACUCAUUCUAAAGUACUUUCCAAGUGAAGUCAACUCUCAGGAAAUCAAAGCUGCUGGCAAUGAAUUAUUCAAGCUUGGAAGACAUUCAGAAGCUCAGGAGAAAUACAGUUUAGCAAUAAAAACAGCACCGGGCGAUCAUCUAUGUCUUAGCAACCGGUCUCAUGCAUACAAUGUCCAAGGGCUGUACAAGGAAGCAUUACAAGAUGCAGUCAAAGUCUGCCAGAUGAGACCUGACUGGGCCAAGGGCUUCUACAGGAAAGGAACAGCAUUGGUUGGUUUAGAGCGGCAAGAAGAAGGAAUGGAAGCUUUCUCAAGGUGCCUCACCCUCGAUCCAUCCUUUCAUUCGGCAAAGGUCUCCCUUACCAAGGUUCUCCACACGUUCCUCCAGCCUGUGGAUGCAAGCAGCCUGAAGGCCAACGAGCUGCAACGAUCACCGAUCUUCAACAAGUUUCACCUCGAUGAUGUGGUCAGUGAUGGACAGGAGGAGUCUAGCAGGGUGGAAGAAGUGGCCGCUGAAGAGGAGAAGGAAGAUGAGAAGAAGGAUGAGAGUUCUCCAGUUAAGCAUAAUCUAAAUACAAGCAGGACCCUGGAUAGGAGGAAAUUUUCACCAGUUGAUCGCAAAUACACCAAGAAACGUCUCCCAAGUCAAACCGAUGAACAAUUCCAGCCCAUCACAGACGGCUCAUCCCCUCAUACCGAGAACCAAAGCAAACGUUUCAAGAAGUGUCCAUUGAGUAUGCUAGAAAGCAGGGUUUCUGGAGAGAAGGAGCAAGUUGCUAAGCCAGGACCUGGAUACAAGAUACCCCUUGACAUAAUUGAGAAAGCAGACUUUGAAUGCAGCCUAUGUCUAAGGCUGUUUUAUCAACCAACCACAACUCCUUGCGGUCAUACUUUCUGCCGAGGAUGUCUUGAUCGUUGCCUUGACUACAGCCAGGCUUGUCCUUUGUGCAAACAGUCUUUGACCGAGUAUCAAGCGAGCAACCGAGAGAAGAAAGUGACCUACACCCUUCUAGAUCUUAUGGAGACCUAUCUACCUUCUGAUUACACUGAGAGGCAGCUGAUUCAUAGAAAAGAGUUGGAGCAAGUUGCAAGUCAUGCAUUCCAAGAUGGCGGCACAAUCCCUGUAUUUGUGUGCACCCUCGCCUUACCCACAAUCCCCUGCCCUCUCCACGUCUUUGAGCCACGUUAUCGUCUAAUGAUACGCCAAGCGAUGGAGUCUGGAGCGAGACAGUUUGGCAUGUGUGUCGCUGAUGACGAAAAUGAAUUUGCAGAAUACGGGUGCAUGUUGGAGAUCAACCAGUUGGAAUACCUCCCUGAUGGCAGGUGUGUCUUGGGUACGAUAGGAGGAAGAAGGUUCAAGGUCCUGGAGCGAGGAAUGCGCAAUGGCUACAACACUGCCAAGGUCGAGUUCUUGAAGGACACCGUAGCAGAAGGUGACGCUGGUAGUGAGUUGCGAGCUCUGAAUCAUGCUGUCUACCAACAAGCCCGUACUUGGUUUGUUAAUCUACCCAUCUACCAUCAGACACGUAUUGUUGAUCACUUUGGUCCCAUGCCUCAACAAGCAAGCGAUCCUCAGUCGAGUUUUAAUGGUCCACAUUGGCACUGGUGGGUCUUGGCUAUCCUACCGCUCCAUCCAAGGGUCCAGCUCUCCAUCCUCUCCAAGACCAUUCUCAAGGAGCGGCUCAAAGUUCUCGAGCUGAGUCUCACCCGUAUGACCAACAUCCCUUCCUGACUACCUUUCUCCAGCUCCAUCUCCACGGCCCUCUGGCCCAGGGGCCCAUGGGGGCGUCUCUCCCCCGUUUUCUUCUUCCUCAUCAUUGGGCUCGUCCUAGGAUUCUUGGGUCAUCUCGUGGACCUGAUCUUAUGAAACUGAUAAAAUAAUGUGAAACAAAAUACAACGUAGCUGAGCGAUUUAGCCCUAAAAUGCCUUCUAGAGAGCUCUGUACUACUCAGCAAGAGCUGUUGAAUACGCCUGAAAAGAGUAAGGUGUUAAAUGUGCCCGCAAUACACAAUUGACAAUCUUCAGACAGAUCUUCGGGAUAGGCUGCACAUUAGCGGGACAGUGUUGAGAACAGUUACCUAGUGUCAGGGUGUCUUACUUACCUUAGACGGAAUGCCUGAUAUUCAGGUAGAAUUGAGGGAAAAAGAAGCAGAGGGAGACAUCAUAUUAAGUACACGGAUCCAUUCAAUAGACUGACUGGGAACACAAGUACUGGCACAUCACAAAUAGCCAGAGAUGAAAGUAGAUAAAUAGCCUUGAUAUCCACUGCAUGGAAACAUACAGGACACUAUGUAAACAGGCAAGCAAUGUGUUCUAUAAGCUACAGAGCCUUUAUUAAUUCAACACACCACUUCAAAGCAACCUUGGACAUUUUAUUCUAACUCAGAAUUUAUACAAACUUUCUAACAAGAGGAGGACUGAAGGAAGACGGGAUGGAAUAGGAGAACAAUGUAGAGGGCAGAUGAGAUGAGCUUUGCUGGGCCUUCAUCUAACUUUUAAGACACACACUGUUGAUUGUGUAUAGCUUUAGAAUCCACUGUACAUUAUUUCACAUUCUUUGAUACAGAUUAUUGAUCUUUUGUACUUUUUACUUUGUAAUACAUGUACCUAUUCACAGAAUCACACAUUUCAGUUGAACAUAUUCAUUGCUUAUCAUUUCAAAAAUGCUUGGUCGUGUGUUUAAUGUAACACUGUUUUGUUUUUACUUUUUCAUAUAAUGUACAGACUAAAAAAGAGGUAAUUGCUUAUGGUAUAGCUCUACGACUCUAAAAAGAUAAACAACAAAUUCUGGAAGUCUGAACGCACGAUUCUGUAACAAACAAAAAAAGAAGAUUUCCUCUUAAUCUCGGUCUUUGAAUUUUCAUUUUUCUGUACAUCACUUUUACACAAAAAUGUUAUCAGUAUUCCAAGAAUUACGGCAUUAUGUUUUAUACUUUAAAUUCAAGCUUACAUGAACAUUCAAAUGAGAAGUGAAGAAUUACCAGAUGAUUAUGUCAACCAGUCAGUAUUUAUGCACAUAAGCAGUAAACAAGAAAGAAACUAUCUGGCAAAGUGAUCGAAAUCUGUUUUAAAGAAUCUAUGACUGAAUUUGUCAGUUGUGAUAUGUAUCGCUUGAUAAUGUGAGUAGCAUGAAGUGUAGCCAUGGUAAAACAUUUUCAGAAUUUAGAGCUUCGCUUUAUUAAAUUGAGAUUAAAUGAAGCAAAAUCGAUGAAAAGUAACAUGAUGUGCAUGUUAAAUUAUCAUGAUAAAUUCAAGUCAUACAAAUUGAUAUGAAAAGAAAAUGUAGAAUGUAUAUUACACUUGUACAUAGGAUAUAGCUACUUAUAUAAUAUUUUAAAAGGUUGUGGGCAGUGAUUGUGAUACAGAUGAUUUUAUUAUCCUUACAUGUAUGUUACAUGUACCGGUAUGCAAUUUACUCACCAUAUAGAGUCUAAUUUUAGAUAUCAGGGUCAUGUUUCAAGUAUGAUGAACUCAUACUCCUAUUCAUAUUUCAUGCACCUGUUUGACAAUUCUGUUUUGGACAGAACAUUUCAUUUGUGUUGGUGUAUUUAAUUCAGACAGGGAGAUGGAAGAAAGUGCUAUUAAAUAUAGGAAUUGCAGGCCCGUUUAACUUGCUAAUUGUCUAAUUCUACAAAGUGGCGAUAAAAACUACAAGAAUUUACUAGCUGUAAUUGUGGAAAUAGGUACAUAUUUUGUCAUAUACCCAAUAUGAAGAUUCUAGCCCUCUGAUUGGUAAAAAAAUGCAGCCAGGAAAUUUGCUACUGACUGCUGGGCAGUAAACAAAAAAUAUUGACUGGGCAUAGUUCUACUUGAGUGUAAAAUGCAAUGAUGCAACAGUUACGGAUGAUGAAUAUGCUCAGUGAAACACAAGCAAUGCUCUUUAUAGAUCAGUAAUUUUCCCUAGACUCUACAAAUAAAUACAUUGUAAUAGACAUAUUUUGGUAAAAUAGUUUGGAGAAGAAAAAAAUAAACACAAGGAUGUGAUAUAUUUAAAAAAAUAUUGACUGCUUAAUGUCACUGAUAAAAUUAGCUCCUCUGUGAUCUUGAGUCCCAACUAUGUACACAGAACAGUUUCAAUAGCAAUGUAUGGGUGAUAGUUUUAACAGUGACCCUCAAAGCAGUCAAUAUUUGUAUAGUAACAGAUAACUGAAGAUUAUGUAGGGUAUUUUGUCUCAUACUCCGAUUGUAUAUAGAGGUGGAAGCAAUUCUGAAACCCACCAAAAGCUUUUUGUACACUUUCCACUUAAUAAUGAUAUUUUUUUUAAUAAUGAUUUUGUAUACAUUAUACCUAGAAUAAAUGUUUAGAUUGUACAGUCACAAGAUAGUACCCUACUGACCGUUUUUGUACUCGCUAAUAGCCUACUGAACCGUUCUGGUUGUUUUUGUAUCUGAUACUUCUUCAACAUAUGUUUUUGUAGGUAAUACCUUUGUUAGAUUCACUAGUAUUGUGAUUUUAUUGAUUUCUGAUAUCUUGUUUGUCUAUUUAAAUCAUUUUCUUCCAAGAAAAUAGGAGAAAAAUAA